AUGGUCAACGUUCCAACCAUCAAGCUCCAGCCUUCCGGCGAUGAGAUGCCCCAGGUGGGCUUCGGACUGUGGAAGGUCACCAACGCAACCUGUGCCGACCAGGUCUACAAUGCCAUCAAGACCGGAUACAGAUUGUUUGACGGAGCCUUUGACUACGCAAACGAGAGGGAAGCCGGUGAGGGUGUGAGACGUGCUAUCGCUGACGGACUCGUCAAGCGUGAGGACCUCUUCAUCGUCUCCAAGCUCUGGAACACCUUCCACGACAGGGAGCACGUCAUCCCAAUCACCAAGCAGUCACUCGAAUGGUGGGGUCUUGAGUACUUUGACCUGUACUACAUCCACUUCCCCGUCGCUCUCGAAUACGUUGACCCUGCAAAGAGCUACCCCAGCGGAUGGCACACACUCGAGAAGAAGAUUGUCCAGAGCCGAACCCCCAUCCAGACCACCUGGGAGGAGAUGGAGAAGCUCGUGGACCAGGGUCUUGCCAAGAACAUUGGUGUCUCUAACUUCCAGGGUGCUCUCCUCAUGGAUCUCCUCCGUUAUGCCCGUAUCCGCCCUUCGGUUCUUCAGAUUGAGCACCACCCGUACCUUACACAGGAGACUCUUCUCUCUCUUGCUAAGGAGGAGGGUAUUGCCGUCACUGCAUACUCGUCAUUCGGACCCCAGUCCUUCCUUGAGCUCGAGAUGAAGAGGGCCACUGAUACCCCGACUUUGUUUGAGAACAAUAUUAUUAAGGACAUUGCCAAGAAGGUUGGAAAGACCCCAGCUCAGGUCCUCCUGAGAUGGUCAACCCAGAGGGGAUUGGCUGUUAUCCCCAAGAGUAACGCCCAGGAGAGGCUGUUGCAGAACUUGGACGUAACUGGGUGGGAUUUGGAGAAGGCCGACCUCGAGGCGAUCUCUAGCCUUGACAAGAACUUGAGAUUCAACAACCCUACUGAUUACCUCGGAACUCUCCACAUCUUUGGUUAA